CCGGUUAUACACUUCAUUCUUCUGUUUUUUCCAACUGCUAUAUAAUCAAUUGAAUUCCUUUUCGGUUUGAGUUAAUCCCUAAUCAAUUUAAAACAAUCAAUUAUUAUUCAAAUUAGGUUUUCCAUAUCAGUUAAGCAAACAAAAUAGAGAUGGAUUCUGAAAAAAUUAUCGGUGUUAUCUUGGCCAUUUUAUUGCCUCCUUUAGCUGUUUUCAUGAAGGUUGGUACAACCACUCCAUUGUGGAUUAAUAUCAUCUGUUGUAUCUUCUUCUGGUUCCCAGGUAUUUUACAUGCCUUGUACGUUGUAUUAAGUGACAACUAUUAAACGGUCACAGGUUCGGUUGAAGAAUUUCAUCUUUGAAAGUUAUACUACACGGGCGUAUUUUGUUACAAAUUUAAUAGCUUUAUAUUUAGUUCGAUUUUCCACUUCCAAUGUUCAUUAAUACAAUAUAACUUAGUAACUUUAC